ACUGAACUCUAUGAUGAAUGGUGAACAACAAGUGUCCUCAUAACAUUUAUACAACACGUCAUGGUGAAGUUGGCUAAAUUGAAUCAAAGGUUUUCCUAGUUUCUAGUGUUUGCUAGCGGGCAUGAGCUGGUGCCUGUUUAGGGUGACAUUUUCAUCAAGCUAGCGACUGUCAAAAAGUGACAGGUUUCAUUUACGUGUGUUUGUUGUUGAAUUGAUCUGCUCAGACAUCCCGAAAAAGAAGAUGUUGUUUGAUGUAAGCUUGUUAGGACAAGAAAGUUACUUUGAGGUUGGCCUUCAAUUCGACAUUUAAAGGUGAAGUUGAAGUAAUGGGCAGUGCGAGUGUUUGUCGUGACGGUCUGUUUUUUUUGUGACACUUCUUAAUGUAAAAACAUUUUAGACAUUUUUGGUAAAACAUAGCUUUAACCUGCCACUAACUGUAUGUGUGAAACGUUUAUUUUAUUAGUGAAAAUGGAAUAAAGGUGCAUUUAGGCGGAUUUGAAGCACCAUAGUUGACCAUUAUUUUUGUGGCUUAAAAGUAAAUUACUAGUCACAAGUCGUACAUGCUUUGCGAUCUUUAAUUGUGCUUCGAUGUUUCUUUAAAUUCAAAGAUGAAACUGGUGGUUUUCAACUGCCAUGUGCGGUUAGACAUCCUCCGCGAUUCAUCCAACAUCAAAGACAUUACACACGAGCCUGUCACAUUUCCGGUGAGCUAUUUCAAAAUGAAAACUAUUGGAUUUGACGGCUGUGAGUGACAGCCAUGACGGACAUCCAUCUUAAUCAGCUGCAACUGAAGUGAUGACAAAUGCAGUUAACUCGUAAUUGUGAAAAUGCAGUUCUUUUUUGUACAAUCUUUUCUUUUAAACCACUAGCUGGUGGUGGUGGUAUAUUUUCUGGUUGAAACGCUGUUUUUAAUCUCAAGCCAGUUCCAUAAAGGCCUUUGAUGGUUAUAGAUGUGUGUCAAAUAUUUUUAGUCCAAUCAUAUUUCAGAUUCAAUGUCUUGCCAUUGAUAAUCUGCUAGGGGCUUUUGGAUUCAGGAGUGUUGACCCAUGUCACGUUUCAGACUUCAGGUUCUCUCACAGUGACAUCACUACUUUUGUUUUUUCUGGGUGAUCACAGCAAAACUGUUCUACAUUCAAAGUUAUGUCCACAUUGGUUGACUGAGUAGAAAUUCACAUCCUGGUGCGUAGAUGUAUUUUACUAACAAUGUUUUAUAUUUUGUCAUGUUACUAUACUAGAUAUUUAUUAAUUGAUUGGGAACUGUUCCAGGUGAUGUUGUAGUGCACAUGUUUGGUCUUUAAUAACCGAGCCGUAUUUAUGCUCGUUACGUUUGACUGAGCAGCAGUUUUGCGAGCGCUGAUGUAUCGCCGAUCACUGGUGGAAGGCAAUGUAUUGGACGGUAAGAGGACUGAAAUUAUUAUUAACAAUGACGAUCUGGAAGUCAUUUACUGUGUACAUUGAUGGUCCAAGGUACCAAAUGCACCGUCCGCCACUGAUUUACACAUCGCUGUAGCACAAAUACAUGUGCAAAUACAAUGUAAGAGGUCUUUUAUUUUGCUCCUCUCUGCAGCAGAAUGUAAGAUGUAUGUGUAAUGAGUUAGCGUGGUUACGGACCCCAAGAUGCACACAUCGGUAGUACGGAUAUUCUGAUCAGGGUUCUGUACUGCCGAUCCCAGUAAUCCAUGAGUGAAAGUGGCCAAUACCAAUACCUAUCACAUACUGUACAUGUAGUCAAUAUUUACAUGUACUACUGGCUAUAUUAGGGGUCACCAAGGUUUUUUCUUAUGAGAGCUACUUUUACAAAAUGAAAAUGGCCAAGGGCUACUGAUUUUUGUAACAUUUCUUUUCAUAGUUAAUUUCAAGCCAAACAAAGCCAAUAUACCUGUUUUACCAGAACAAAAUGCUGGUAUCCAUAACUCACCUUUUGUAUUUAACAAUUCAAAUUCAAGUGCUACUUAGUGUAUCCUUUAAUUACAUUGACCACACAUGCACCAAAACGAGGAUGCUGUUGUGAUUUUCAGAGUGUCAGUGAAUGCACCUGUUGUCUGGUGACGGCGGGGAGGUGUUGUUCCCAAGACAGGCUGACAAGAGAGUGUUUGAGUUAGGGAUAUGUGUGUGGUUAUGGGCUUGCACUGCUGUUGAUGUGCUCAGGUCAGAAUGAAGUUAUUAAAGAGUGGCAAAAACCCCCACAGAAGACGAUAGGCCGGCUGGCUGGCAGGCAAACCCAGGCAAGAUACAUCCACCUUAAUUAUUAGUAUUAAUAAUGAAUUAAACAUUAAUUAAUAAUUAAUUAUUAUUAGUAUUAGUAGUUGUGAUACUGAAAUUUGGAAAAAGCCAAAAGAGACAAACAAAACUGGCCCUGUAUUUUAUCUAGGAAUAUCACAAACUACUAUUGCCUGCAGUCAACUGAAGAAGGGGACUGGCACUAAUUGGCAGCAGGUGUGGCUGGCAGCUUUUCCUCAGCAGGGCCACGUGCACUACAAGGAACAGCAGACAGGCGGCAGCAGAGUGACAACACGGAUCAUGACAGUAUGGUGUGCAUUGUCAUUGACAUACUGUUGUCAUUGUGGAUUGGCCAGCAUAAUGAGCUCGUUAUUUCAUAGCAAAGCACUCAGGGUCCUAUCAAUGUUUGCUGUUUUGUUACUUUGGAGAAUGUGAAGGUUUGCCUACGUGACUGAUGCCAUCGGACUCCCGUGGAUAUGUUAUCUGUCAUGGGUGGACUCGUGAUAUUUUCAACUCUUUUAGGAUUAUUUGCUCUUCUCAGCAGCCACACGGUGAACUUUGAAAAGGAUUGCAACAUGUCAGUGUGCUUUUCUGACUCUGUGUUUACCCUGCCCCCUUCUGUGAGACCGGAGUUCUGUGGUGCUGAUAUCUACUGAAGAUGAGUUGUGGCGGGGGGCAUUCCACCCCGGAGCUCGGCAGAGGUGUGGAGUCCCAGAAGAGGAAAGACUGUCCGUCAGACCUGCUCGGGCCCAGCCCCAAGAGAAGCAUGGAGAGGAGGAACCGGGAGCAGGAAAACAAGUACAUCGAGGAGCUGGCCGAGCUGAUCUUCGCCAACAUCAAUGACAUGGACGACCUGAAUGUGAAGCCUGACAAGUGUGCCAUCCUCAAGGAGACGGUGAAGCAGAUCCGGCAGAUCAAAGAACAAGAAAAAGCCCCAGUGGCCAACACAGAAGAAGUACAGAAGGCCGACAUCUCGUCCACAGGGCAUGGUGUCAUUGAUAAGGAUACUCUGGGGCCCAUGAUGCUGGAGGCGCUGGAUGGGUUCUUCUUUGUGGUCAACAUGGAGGGCAACAUCGUGUUUGUGUCGGAGAACGUCAGCCAGUAUCUGCUCUACCAGCAGGAGGAGCUGAUGAACACCAGCGUGUACAGCGUGCUGCAUGUUGGCGAUCACGCAGAGUUCAUCAAGAACCUUCUGCCCAAAAGCCUCGUCAAUCAUCAUAGCGGCAAUUCUGCGAGCAGGAACAGUCACACCUUCACCUGUCGCAUGCUGGUUAACCCGCACACGGACGGUGACGUGCGGCAGGCGUCAGAGCAGCAGGAAGCGUCCCAGCAGAAGUAUGAGACCAUGCAGUGUUUUGCUGUCUCCGAGCCCAAGUCCAUGAGGGAGGAGGGAGAAGGUACUCGAAAUCUGCAGUCCUGUCUCAUCUGCGUGGCCAGAAGAGUUCCUGUGAAGGAGAGAGCUGCCAUGGCCUCGUACGAGAGCUUCACAACGCGCCAGGACCUUCAAGGUAAGAUUACAUCUUUGGACACCAGCCUGUUACGGGCCUCCAUGAAGCUGGGGUGGGACGACCUGGUACGGCGCUGCAUCCAGAGGUUCCACCUGCAGAAUGAUGGUGACAUGUCCUUCGCCAAGAGACACCAGCAAGAAGUGUUGACGAAUGGCCAGGCGCUCAGCCCCCUGUAUCGCUUCUCGCUGUCGGACGGCGCCGUGGUGUCAGCUCACACCAAAAGCAAACUGGUCAGGUCGCCAGCCACCAACGAGCCGCAGUUCUACUUAUCGCUGCACAUCCUGCAGAGGGAGAACAUGAGCGCCAUGGCUGUGACCGCCUGCCUGGGGGCCAAGACAGUCACCCUGAGCGGCACCUGCCCAGACGUCAUCACCAACCAGUUCACCACGUCUGUGUGCGGCUUUGGUCGAGCCCCCACGCCGCAGGGAAACAGCCAAGUGCUCAAGAUGGGCAGCCCCUUAGCCCCGCAGGGAAGCCCCAGCGUCACCUCGGGGGGCCGGGGUGCCAUUUUAUCCCCUCGCCAUCGCCACAGCCCCAGUAUGCUCGCGAGCAGCAGCAGUAGCAGCCCCCAAAUGCACCAACACCUCUCUGCUUCUUUCUCACCUGCUGAUGGCCUCCACUCGCCUGUGUCCGUCUGCAGCAGCACAGCAAACAACCACAGCUUCAGUAGCAACCCUCUUGGUGCCCUGCAGGCCCUCAGCCAGGGCCAAAGACCUUCACAGGGCCUCUCUCCUGACAGUAAAGCUCCUGGCCCGCACAGCCCCCUGCACAGCCCUCUCCCCAGCAGUCAGGACAAGGACCAUCUCAGUUUAGAGGCAGACUUGCUUGGAACUUUUGUGGAGCAGCAGGACUUGUCACCCCAAAACCAGGAGUGCAAGCUGGUCCAGGCAAAGGAUGAGGACCCUGACAGCUUUGAAGGAAACAGAAGUGUGGGUGAGCUGGGUGACACCCCAGACCGCCUUCUGAGCACCAAAGGCCACACCCAAUUGCUCCAGCUCCUCACCACUAAAUUGGAACCCCCGGAUCCCUGCUCGUCUCCCCAAGGGGACGAGCAGAACUGUAAAGACCUAGCUGGCUUAGGGGUCAGUGGGUGUUUAGGGGUGGGACCCAACAACCACUCCACCUCGCUGCAGGAGAAACACAAAAUUUUGCACAGGUUGUUGCAGAACAGCAGCUCACCCGUGGAGCUGGCCAAGCUGACAGCUGAGGCCACUGGGAAAGAGCCCCCCGGCCCUGAUUCUGCCACGGAUGACAACAUGGGUGAGCUGGGACUCAAACAGGAUUUGGAGAGCCCCAAAAAGAAGGACAACGUUUUACUGCGUUACCUGCUGGAUCGUGAUGAUAACGGCAUCCUGGAUAAAGCCAUCAAGAUGGAGACCAUCGACGCUCCAAAGCUGCCCAACAUCAAGAAGGAGAAACCGGACGCAGGUUACAACAUGGCUGACCAGACCAAUGAGCUGGAGGAGCUUCUGGAGGAUCUUCAGGGUGGUGGCCAGCAGCAGCUGUUCCCCCAGCAUCCUUCUUCCCAAGGCCCGAUCCCAGCUUCAGCCUCCUCUUCCUCUGCGGCGCCUGGCUUCUCCAUGGACAAGCAGAGCAUCAUCGGCGACAUCUUGCAGAUGAUGGACAGCAGCCACAGCGGCCACAGCAGCCCACCUCCUCAGCAGCUCGCCUUCCCCUCCACUGCAGGUGGCACCAGGGCUGACCCCCCACCUCAAGGUGCUCCUCCUGCGAGAAGCCUGUCUCUCGAUGGUGCUAUGGCCCCUGGUCCCGCCCGGCCCCUCCCCACACAGCACAGGAACAACCCCUACUCUUUACUACAGCAGCAGCAAGGCAUGGUGGGAAGCUAUGCAGGCACAGCGAACAACCAGCAUGCCAUGUUGGGUGGUGGGCCAAUACGGGGCUCCCUGCAGCGUGAAUGGAGCCCACAGGGGCCUGCCGGGACCACCCCAGCGGCAGUCAUGGUCCAAGGUGUCAGACCGGGCCGUAUGGUCUCCAACAUAAACAGUGCUAUACCAUCUAGGGGCGGCGGUGUGCCCCCAUCAAAGUCCAUGGUCAACAUGCAGAACAUGGGCGGCGAAAUCGAGAUGGUUAACUCCACCUACCCUCAGCAGCACACACCGUCCAAUCAUACGGCUCCGUGGCCUGACAGGAUGAUGAUGUAUCACUACGGAAACCAAAGCAGGUCGUCAUACGGCUUCCCUCAGGAAGACGGGAUGGGCUGCUGUGGGGUUGGGCUCGAGGGUUCAGCGGAUGAAGGAACCCUUCUGAACCAGCUGUGCUCAGUGCUAAAGGACUAUGAGGGACUGGAAGAACUUGACAAGAUGUUAGGGAUCCCCACACUGGCUGGGCAGGGUCCUCUAUCAGACCAAGACCAGUUCUUCGGCUCCCCUGACCCGGCGUCCUCCAUGAAGCCGCCUCUGUACAGCCAACACUACGCUGCUCAGUCGGGCUAUGGCGACAUGCCUCUUGACGGCUCUUACCUCUGCCCUCCUAUUGGCACCCACAUGGGGCAGCAGAGAGUCAGCGGCUACCCCCCAAUGAUGAGGAUACCUGCAGGUGCUGGGCCCAGAUCGGCUGGCGUGAGACCUGGUGGUCCAAACCCUGUAGUGCCUCCACAGCCCAACAACUUGAGGCUGCAGCUGCAGCACAGACUGCAGGCCCAGCUGAACCGCCAGCCCAUGGUGAACCAGAUGGGUGGCUUGUCCAGCAUGAAUCUACCUCUCAGGUCCAACGUUCCAAACCAGGGAUCGUUCAACGCUCAGCUAUUGGCUCAGCGUCAGCACGAGUACCUCAGCAACCACCUGCGCCAACGCCAGCAGCAACAACAACAUGUGCACCAGCAGCGUACAAUGAUGGCCGUCAACGUGGCUUCUCCCGGUUCACGUCUGUCUCAAGGCAACACGCAACACUUCCCCUACCCGGCCCCCAGCUACGGCAUAAGUCAGCAACACCAGGAUGCCACGGCAGGCUUUUCCUGUGCUUCCGGGACCCCUCAGAGUACCAUGCUGUCCCCCAGGAUGGCACAGGCCCAGAGUGCUAUGAUGCAGCAGAACCAGACUCAAAUGCAGGGAGGGGCUUCAGGCUACUCGAGCAGCGGUGGCGACCUCAGCAGGUGGAUGCAGCCCGCCAACACCAGCAACGGCUUGUACCAACAACAAACUCAGUUCACGUCACAAACCACUGGAGGCAUGUACAACAACAGCAACAACAACAUGACCCCUAGAGGGGGCAACACAAACCACAUGCCAGGUCACAUCACCCCCAUGACCUCUGAGCAGGUGAGUGACAGCAGUCUGAUCCUGGAUCAGUUGGACAUGCUAACACAGGAAGCCGACAUCAACUCGAACUUUUGCUGACUCUGGACGCUAAAUCCUGCUUUGUUUUAAUCUCAACCAGAAAAGGUCCAAAUGUCGUCUUUACCAAAAUACCUAAAGCCUGACUUUAGGGUGCCCCUAAAAUCUGGACAUGUCAUAAAUAGGUUAAAAAAAUCAUUUAAUUGAUAAUGUAAGACAAGAACACAUAUAGCCAUGUCUAUAUUUCAUCUAAAACGUAAAAAAAAACAAAACAAAAAACAAUGGUGAAUAAUAUAUGCAUUUUGUGCUGUUGUCCAGACUUUAGGGACAUCCCGUAUUAGAGAUAACACAUACACACACACACACAUAUACAACUUUUAUUAAGACAUUGCUUUUCCGAUCAACAUUUUACAGAAAUGUAAAAAUCUCAAGCUUUAAUUCUAAUCCUUUAAAUUCCACUCCUACUAAUAUUUUAUAGCUAUUUAUACGAUUUAAAGGAGAUGAAAGUUUAUCUUGUAUAUUGUUGAUCUUAAAAAUAGACUAAUAUAUUUGGACUGCUGUAGUUUUUGGCCAUGGGAAGGAGGAGGGUUAUGCAGAUGAUGUAAAUAGAUCUUAUAUUCCCUAAAGUGGUAUUACUAACCAGCAAUGUAUAGUGGAAAGGCGACAAACACAAGAUCCAACCUCAAAACCAUCACUUUAUUACUUUUAAAAAGUAAAAAAAACUUUUCUGGCUUCAGUUGAACCAAAAUGAUUUAUUUUUAUUUGGUUGGCUAAGCUCAAUCACAACUAAUUUAUUGUAUGUAUUUCUAGAAAGAUGAUAUAUAAGCUUUUUGACUUUCAGCCUCGCAGUUCAAGUCGAUGUGAAGGCAAAUCCAUGCUAGACCUAGGGUGUCCAAACUUUUUACUGUGAGAGCUGCAUACUGACAAAUGGCAGGAGAUGUAGGAUACUCUUCCCCUGUUUUGUGAUCCAGCUCCCGAAAAGCAAUCCAGUACAGUAUCCAAGUACUUAGCACAUUUAUUAGACCACCUGACAUCAUAUUUCAUAAAGCGUAGAUGACCUCUUGUGGUCUUGAUAACAGCUUGCAAACCAUGUUUUCCUGUUCAUGAAUACAAGUAUUUACUUAAAUCUUGCCUAAAACGUAUAUAUUAAUAAUAUUGUACUAAUACUAUUUUUGUUAUUUUUUGUACAAGCAGAUAUGAUAAUUCAUGCAUAACAAUAAUUACAGUGUACCCGUUCUGCACUGGUGUUUUAACUAGGGAUGCUCCAAUCAGGGUUUUAUGCUGCCAAUUCUAGUACCGAUCAUCCAGGACUGAUAUCAUCCGAUACCGAUCACAGGGAUUAAUUAUACAUUUUUCCAUGUAUUUAUGGUAAGUGCUAUUGGCCAUAUGAUAUGAAAGAAUCACCUUCAAUUAGACAAAAAGAAGCCACAUUUGGCUUACCUUUUGAAGAGAACAUAUCGUGUAGCUUCAGACACCUUGAAGGAGAUUUUGGAAGUGAGAGUUGAUGGGUGGAGCGCUAGCAGGACUUCCAGGUGAGUGAAAGAGUACUCGGUGAACCUGGUGUCUUCCAGCGCUGGGAAAGACUGGUCAUCUCAUCCCAUUAAUUCACUUCUUUCAGGUUCGAAUCUUAGCCUUCUGUGUCGCUCGUACGGGCGAGGCUGGGUUAGCUGCCGAUUCACUCACGAUCACAGAAAACUCAAAAAGUCAACAUACAAAAUACUCAACUCGUCAUUUAUUAAUGUGCGACCCCCACAAGCUAGUUUUCAUGGCAUGGGUUGGUAGUCAAGUUGAACACGUCAGACAUGAUGAAGGAAAGUCAAAGGAGCACAAUGGCAAAGACGUUAGUUCGGGCAAGACACGGCAUCCCCACUUGGAUGGCUGCAGGCUGCAAUAGUCCUCGCCACAGCUGAUUGGCUGUUGUGAUCGCCGUUGAAUGCCGAUCACAUGAUUUUUCCCCAAAAUCGUCCCAUACUAAUCUGUGACGGAUCGAUCGGAGCAUCCCUAGCUCUAACCAUUACAAACCAUAAAAAGUUAUUUUAGUCAUUAUAAAUAUUGUUAAUUUAGGGCGGCUGUGGCAUAAACCUUCCACUGGGUGGCGCUCUAAUACAUUUGUUCAACGCCGUUGAGCAACAUAUGCAUGCUAUGCUAUGCUGACUUUUUUUUUUUAACGGGUGUUUUUUGUGUGGCCCUAAACCUCCUUUGUGAUGUUCUGAUGUGGGCCAUGAUUAAUUCUGUAUUCAGCAUAUGGGCCACGGGACAAUAAAUAAAUGAGCUCUGGGCCAGAAAAGUUGCCUGAGCCAUAUUUUGGACACCCCCGCUGAAGUUCAUAUCCUCAGCCUUAACUGUCUUUAAUGGCCACUCGCCAACAUUAGCAUUUAGUGUCUUAGCAUUUCAUUCGACUGCUCAAAGAGAUUAACCACAUUUCACUGAAACUUCAUUUUUAUGCUGACAGACAGAACAGGACGCAAUGAUACUGCAGUCUUAAAAAGGAGUGUAUUUAUGUACAAAGCCUGGACAGAAAAACUACCGAAGUUAUCAGGUCCUAAACCUACUGGAACUUGAUAGACCAGGGGUGUCCAAACAUUUUCCAACAAUGGGGGGCUUUCAGUGCAAAGGAUGUCAGUGGGGCUAAAACCAAUCCCACAGGACUGUAAUCUACCUGUGGAAGUAAGUGGGUGAGGCUACUCAAUUGGCCAUGACUCACAAUGCUGGCCAGAGUGUAGAUUUUUAAAUACUCCAACUUGGUGGGUAAAACAAUGCCAGCUUUUUGGUUUGUGUUUAAAAAAAAAAUAAAAAACGUGAAAUAUUUUUAAAUAUUAAAAACGGGUUGCGCCAAAUAUAUCUGUGACGGUCUCAAUUUAACCUUUAUGGGCUGCCACAGAUCCAUGAAUGUAUGGAACCCGUUAUAUAUAUUUAAAGAAAAAUAGUAUGCACGUCAGUUUUGUGUUAUUAGGACUAUGUUAUUUAGUUUUCUCCUUACAUGCUCUUUUUUUCAUUUUUUUAGUAGCUGUAUUCUUAAAAUAUGCCAAGGACUGAUUUUUUUUUAAAGUGGGGACCGCUAAUGGCCCCUGGACCACACUUUGGACGCCCCUGUUGUGUAUGUUUGAGGAUGAAUACUCGCAAGUCCCUUUGCUGUUUGAGGUGCUUUCUCCUAUCUUUGUCGCUUCUAUUGACGCUGCUGAAAUGAUCCACAGGUUGUUUGUAUAAAACACCAAUGAUGACAUACUGAAAUGAAUUGUUAGCCUUUUAGCACUGAUUUUUCAUCUUUUGUUGGUAUUGUUGUUUUUCUGGUGGUUAAAACCCAAAGACUUAACGAGGAAAGCCAUUCAGAUGUUGUGAGUGGAUAUAAAGCCUCUGGUAGCGCACGUACGAAAUAAAUACACUACUUUUCUUACUUGAUAGAUGAUAUUUUUUAUGGCUGCAAGAAUACUGUUUCAUGCAAGAACCUUUGAUGCUAACACGCUAGCAUAAUAAUGCCUUAGAAAUGGGUGAGUGUACGUUUUGAUUGUUUGACAUUUAGUAUGUUUUAUUUGCUGAGUGAAUGUCUUUAUUCAUAGAUUAUCUACAAAAACCGUUAUAACUCUGUCUGUGACGACAGUGUUGUGUCAUCCAUCUUGUGUUAACAAGCCAAUAAAUAAAUAUGUUAAGUAAUGAUCGUAAAUCCAACAAACUUUUAAUUUAGCGUCAGGGUAUUUAAACCCAGGCUAAAAAAACACUACAGAGUGUGUUUUUUUUAUGUUCCACACUUGUUUAAAAAACCCACCAAAUAUCAUGUUGAUGCUAUUUCAUGAAGCAAGUUGUCAAUGCUAAUGGCGCUUUUGUCCACGCUGCUUGUUAAUUUAUGAUUGAUGCCACUGUAAAUAAAUUAUUUUUAUUCAAAACA